AUGGAUAUUGUACUGGAAGUCUUUGAUACCUUCGUGUUUGACUAUUUAUACGCUCGCGCCCUGCCUCUCUCCGCGGUGUCCAGCGAUGUCGUCUCCAAUAUCUUCAACGGCGUCAACUCGACCGUCGCCUCCGCCAUCACCCAGGCCAAUGGCAUUGGCAACGGAUUCGUCUACUCUCCUUCGACCAAGUACUUCUCCCUGGAGCCCUUCCAGUACGCGUAUCAGUCGUCUCUGCCGCGAGAUAACGGCUUCCGUCAGGUCUUCAGCCUCUUUUUAAUUACAUGGGUGUUCGGAUUGGUCCUCUACUUCACUGUGGCCUCGCUCUCUUACGUCUUCGUCUUUGAUAAAACCGCGUUCAACCACCCAAAGUACCUGAAGAACCAGAUCUCCCUGGAAAUCGGACAGGCCAUGAGCUCCAUGCCCGUCAUGGCCCUUCUCACUGCUCCCAUCUUCCUAGUCGAGGUCAAGGGCUACUCCAAGAUAUACGACACCAUUGAAGAGGCUCCUUUCCCCAUGUACAACAUUCUCCAGUUUCCGCUCUUCCUUCUCUUUACCGACUUCUGUAUCUACUGGAUACACCGAGGCCUCCACCACCCGCUCGUCUACAAGAACAUACACAAACCGCAUCACAAAUGGAUCAUGCCCACCCCAUAUGCCAGCCACGCCUUCCACCCUCUCGACGGCUGGAGCCAGGGCCUCCCUUACCAUAUCUUCCCCUUCAUCUUCCCUCUGCAGAAGUUCGCCUACGUACUCCUCUUUGUCGCCAUCAAUGUCUGGACCGUCAUGAUCCACGACGGUGAAUACGUUGCCAACAGCCCCAUCAUAAACGGAGCAGCAUGCCACACCAUGCACCACCUAUACUUCAACUACAACUAUGGCCAAUUCACUACCCUCUGGGAUAGGCUGGGUAAAAGCUACCGCAAACCCAAUGAUGAGCUGUUCCGCCGUGAGACCAAGAUGGGACGGGAGGAGUGGAGCCGACAGGCCAGAGAGAUGGAGAAGAUGGUCAAGGAAGUCGAAGGCAGCGACGACCGCACGUAUGAAGGCAAUGAGACCAAGAAGAACCUCUAG